AUGGCGAUGAUGAUGACUGGCCGUGUGCUGCUGGUGUGUGCCCUCUGCGUGCUGUGGUGCGGUGCCGGCGGUGGCUACGCUGAGGAUGAUGAUGUUGUUUCUGGUCAUCCCGGAACUCGUGGCGAACGUGGAGGUGGAGCUGUCGGUCAAUCUCCUCCCGCAGGUGGGAGUAAUGGUGGCAGUGGAGGUUCAAAGGCUGAUAGUCCUCAUGGAAGUGAAAGUGAACCUUUGGAUUCUACUUCUGAUGAAGAAUCAUCAUCUCUCGAUACCGAUCAGGAAUUGGAUCCAAAUCUGCCUGAGGAACAUGUACUCCAAAAGGAAGUGGACCCCAUAGGAAAACAGGAUCACUCAGAAUCAGGGCCUCAAGAUGCAUUGCCGCCUGAUGCGAAUGGAACAGUAACACUUGAUUCUGAUGCACAAUUACAGUUGUCCGAUACCAAAAAAAAACAAACUGAAGUUCUUACUAAUGUUGGUGGCGGUGAAAUUGCGGACGGGGGAAAAGACAGUACCGGCCGCAGUAACGGGUUGUCCCCUAAUAAAAGCGACCCCCCAGCACUGCUAGAACCAAGAAUCAAAGAAGUAUCACAACCAACAGAACCUUCACCACCACCAGCAAAUCUAUCACCGGCGCCACAAGAACUUCCUACGGCAGUAUCACCAGCGGAGCGGCCACCAGCAAUAGCCGCUUCCGCAGGAGAAACAAACCCAACAGCAUCAACAGGCUCACGGAAUGCAACAGAAACGACAACCACGACGUCACCGUCACACAGUAAAACGGCGCCUGAAGCAGCGGAAACACCUUCAGGAAAUGGUGAGCCAAACCAAAAAAGACAAGACACGGACACACCAGACUCGAUGAAGGAUGGACCUACAAGUCUUCCAGCGGAAACAGCAGUAUCAUCUGUAUCUAAAAGCGGCAUUGGUGGAACCCAGAAAAAGGAGGACAAGGUUGACGACAGUGAUCAACGGCCUAACACCAAAGAACCACAAGACGGAAUCGAAGAUGGUAAUACCAACGUUGCUCCUACAUUCAGUGAGACUGCACAAAAAACACCAGAAACAAUCACCGUCGCCAAAACAAAUGACACGACGACAACUGGCGACAGUGACGGCAGCACCGCGGUCUCCCACACCACCUCCCCUCUUUUGCUUCUUCUUCUUCUUGUUGUCGCGUGUGCGGCUGCGGCUGCGGUGGUGGCCGCGUGA